ACUUUAACAAGCCGCGGUGCCGGAGCGCUUCACCGAGCACUCUGAGCGGACUGCGCACGCGAGUUUAACGGGGUAACGACUGCUUUUUUUUCCCGCCUGAGCGCCGCGGUCCGGUAACGUUUACCCAGAAAGAGACGCCUUCCUAGUUGCUCCAACUGACUGAGCUGUGACCCUUUUCACAGCGGGGAGCUCCGCGCCACCCGUCAGCUUCCAGCUUUGCCGCCACGCGCUGAAGAGGACCGCGCGCAACAGCUCCUGUAGCGCGUGAAACAACACCGAGUCGAUGGCCGCCCCCGCACACAGCAGCUGCGUGUGGAUUCUGGUUCUGGUUCUGGGCGCGUGCGUGUCUCAGGUGGUGGGAACGGAGUGCGGGAAGGAGUGCGCUCUGUGCGUUUACCGUCUGCUGGCACAGCAGUCUGGUUUCUCCUCCCCGACCUGCUCACUAGAGUGCAAGGGUGGGUUGGACACCCAGAAGCUCCGCCUGUGCCGGGACUUCCUUAUAGAGGAAGAACACAACAUUCCUUUGAAUGCCGACCCCCUUCAGCCACAGGACCAGGAGGCCUCGGACGAAGCGACGGCCGACGAGGACGACUCCCCAUCACCACAGCACCUGCUGGCCAAGAAGUACGGCGGCUUCAUGAAGCGCUACGGCGGCUUCAUGUCUCGCCGCUCCCCCUCUCAGGAGGGGCUACUGGAGGAUCCCGGGAACCAAGACGAAGAAGAGAGCGUUCGCCUGGAGAUCUUAAAGAUUCUCAACGCCGCGCCGGAGCAGGGCGGCGAAGGUCCGGGAGGGGAUGCGGUGAAGAGGUACGGGGGCUUCAUGCGCCGGGCCGGGGGAGGGGUGGCCCAGGGCGACCUGUUGGAGGCGGUGUUGGGCCGCGGCCUCAAGAAGCGCUACGGAGGGUUCAUGAGACGCGUGGGCAGGCCCGAGUGGCUGGUGGACAGCAGCAAGAGCGGGGGGAUGUUGAAACGAGCCUGGGAGAGCGGCAGCGAGUUGCAGAAGAGGUACGGGGGUUUCAUGGACUAGACCGCCACAGUUAGAACCCUUCAUCCCUACCCAUCCCUCUUACCACCACUUCGUAAUCUGGACUUGCUCACUCUGCUUUGUAUGACGUGCUACUGCUUACUUCGUUGGUUUAAUUGUUCCUGUAAUGACAAAAAAAGAUAAACACGCGUUGUUCAGAUGUGAACUUUUUUUGGUCUGUUUCUUUUUCCUGAUGUAUUAUUUAUUAAACUGAUUUGUUGAUCAAGG